AUUUCUUAAACUCUGGUAUUGGUCAUCCCUCGAGUACAAGAUAACACGAUGAAAGCGUAACACCGCUGGCUUGAAUCCCACCUAAAUGCUUUAUAUUCUAACCUUUCUCUCAGCAUCAUGUCCACGUUGUAGUUUUGCAGCGGCCUCCAGACAGGUUUGACAGGUGCGUCUCUCGGACGGAACAUGAGUCGCUUUCUGAACGUGCUGCGCAGCUGGCUGCUGAUGGUGUCCAUCAUCGCGGUGGGAAACACGGUGCAGAGUUUCAGAGAUCACAGUUUCCUGUCGGAGAAGCUCUACACGGGCGCGCCGCAGUUCGUGAAUGGUCUCCAAGCGCGAACGUUUGGCAUUUGGACGUUGCUGUCGUCGAUCAUCCGCUGCUCCUGUGCCAUUGACAUCCACAACAGAACGCUGUAUCACAUCACCUUAUGGACAUUUGUGUUGGCGUUGGGCCACUUCCUGUCGGAGGCCUUCGUUUACAAAACGGCUCCUUUGACGAUCGGGGUCAUGGCGCCUCUCAUUGUGGCAGGUUUCUCCAUUAUAGGAAUGCUGAUCGGAUAUCAUUGUAUCCCAGAGUCCCAUCAGGAGGUCGGAGCCAGACAGAAGAAGCGUAACUGAAUCCUGACAGUGACAUCUUGUUGUACUCUACAUUUCACUUUUGAUAGACUACAUAUACAACCUAAUCUUGGCUGUAUUUAAUAUUUUUUUCAGAGAGCAAUCAUCAAUAUGUGCCAUUUGAAUUCAUUCUCAAGUGAUCGGUACAUAGACGUUUCAUUUAGUUUAUUUGAACCAUCAGUGAAAGUCUGUUUCAGAAAUGUAUUGAGUUUUUAUUUCUCCUGCACACGUUGUCUUAUACCUGAUCUGCAAAAGAACUAUACUAUCAAUUACUAAAUCUACCUUUUCUAUUAACUAGUUGUUCUUGGUUCUGUGCUGUGAAAUAUUUGCACACCCUUUAAUUUCAUGCACAAUUAUUGUCCUAUAAAACCUUUUCUUGAUGUUU